AUGUCUGAUUUGUUGAAAUGGGAAAUUGCUGAUCAGUUGCUGAGUAAUGCACGAGAAGAUUUUUUUCGUUUACUUGAUUCAGUUUCAGGACAAAAAGAACUGUUUAUUGAUGAAGAUUUAUUUCCUGUUAUUAAUCGAAUAUCGGCUCCAACCGAUAUUUUUAGUCAUGGUGUAGAAAAAAUGUAUAAACUUGAUGCAGAACCAAAUGUUAAUUUAAAUCGAAAACGUGUCUAUUUAUUGAGACCAAAUAUGGUGAGAUUUUUAGCAUUAGCUAAAAGAAUACGAAAAGUAAAUAUUCGAAAUGUUCAUCUUGUUUGCAUUCCAAGAAAAUUAUAUUCAUUCGAAAUUUUACUUGAACAAGAAGGACUCUGGGGACGUUGUUCAUUACAUGAAUUACCAACAUUCGAUAUGGUACCAGUCGAUUAUGAUCUAUUUUCGAUGGAAUAUCCACAUCUUUAUCUCAGCGUUUAUUUGGAUCAAUCAUCCGAUUGGCUAUCGACAUUAGCAUCAUCUCUAGUCAAUUUUCAACAAUCAUUUGGACGAUUUACUCGAACACUAGCACUGGGAAAAUUAGCCAGUCAAGUUGCAAGACAUUUGGAGAGAGCCAUAAGUAAGAUCAAUGACCAAGAUAUAUCGGUAUUUGGACGAAAACAUAUUCAAACUGUUAUUCUAUUUGAUCGGACUCUCGAUUUAGUUACUCCAUUUUGUUCGCAAAUGUGUUAUGAAGGUUUAUUAGACGAACAUUUUGGUAUUGAAGCUGGUAUUUUACCAAUACCAACAAAAAUUUUGACAAAUGAUGAUUCUCUGGGAGCUAACAAUAGCAAUGAUGCAUCAAAACAACAAAAUCCGAUAAUGAAAGUAUCAUUGACAAGUAAAGAUGAUGUAAUAUUUGGUGGAAUACGUUCAAUGCAUUUUACCAAAGUAUUUCAACAAAUUAAAGCAUCUAUGGCAAAGCAAAAUUCCUUACGAAAUGAUUUUAAAGGAAAAUUUGAAGAUGCUGAUGUCAGUGAUUUAAGACGAAUGGUUCAAACAGAUAUUAAAGAUUAUGUUUCAGCUAAUAAAUUAUUAAAAAGACAUAUGGAUAUUAGUAGUGAUGUAUUAAAGAAAAAAACAGCAGAUGAUUUUAAAUUACAAUUGGAAAUAGAAUCAGAUAUAUUACAUAAUGAACAGUUUGAUGAAACUGUUUCCUAUAUUCAUACAAUGAUUUGUCGUGAACAAAAUAAAUAUAGACCAUUACAGCUACUUUGUUUAUUAUCGGCAGCUAAUAAUGGUUUACCUCGUGAAACAUACGAGGUUCUAUGCCGAAGUUUUUUUCAUUCGUAUGGUUAUGAAAAUAUACCAUUACUUUAUAAACUUGAACGUUUAAAUUUAUUACAUGUUAAACGAACUAUUGAUUAUCCAACGCAAGUACCUACGUCAAAAAUGCCAGGAAUUAGAGAAGAUAUAAAAUCAAUGGCAAAACACGUAGCACAAAAUUUUACUGAAAAAACAUCAACUUCAAAAGGUUUUUUUCAAUAUAUGCGCAAACGUCUCAAUUUGACACCGGAUGUUAAUCAACAAGUCAAACCAACACCAAAACCAGAUAUGGCCGAGAUAUUUGGUUCAACGUAUGUACCAUUAUCAUGUCGUUUAAUUGAAGAAGGUUUAACAAGUAUUGAUAAAUUAGCACUAUUACAACAAGAUGUAGCUCAACGUGGUUAUGUUGGUUAUGAGGAUCUCUACUCAUGCAAUACAUCACCAUCAUCGAGUAGGCAAACGGCAACGUCUUCUAAUUCUCCUCUGACUAUACUUGUCGUUUUCAUUGGUGGCUGCACACAUUCGGAAUUGAAUGCAUUGCGUCUAUUGGGCAUGUCGAAACAAAGUGCUUGGCAAUUUUAUUUUGCUCCAACAAGUGUUUGGACACAUGGACGACUUUUACAAGAGAUUGAAAAUUCUCAAUAA